AUGACGAUGACAUUAGAUAGCGAUAACGAGUUUGGCUACGAUUUUUCCGCCGAAGAGGAAGAGUUGCUGUUCCAGCUGGCGUCUAAAAAAGACGGACUUGUCGCUCCUCCAGGUAAUGAGAGGUUAUCAGCUAUAGACGCCGUUCCUGGAAGAACCGACAGUUUGCUUGGCCAAGAUGUCGCAGCAGAGAUUAGGAGCACGGCAGCUCCUGACAUGGAACACCUCCAGUCAGCACAGACGAGUAAUCUAUACAGAGGCCAGGCAUUUCACCUGCGCGAGGCGUCCUCUGGUUUACCAACACCGCCAACUGGCUCCUCAGUCGAGGACGUAUGCUACCCGGACUUGAGCAAAGCCUUGACCAACUUGAAGCCAAAAUCACCUGUCAAGUCGGAAUCGACUGUUACCCCAGGACCGCAAUCUGAGGCAAACGAAGAUGAGGAUGGGCGAUCGCCUUUGCAGCGAUUCAGAUCUUAUCCUAAGAGGCCUCUGACUGUGACCGAUCUUACUUCUGGUGCGUGGUGCGAGCUGCAGUACUGGUACACUCUCACUCGAUUGCCUGGAGGACGAAGGACUAGAACAGCAGCUAUGAAGCAAGGCUCCAAGAUCCAUCAAAAGCUCGAAGAUGAGGUCCACACCACGGUGCAGAUCGACAUCAUGUCCAAGGAAGAUGCAUUUGGUCUCAAGCUAUGGAAUUUGGUGCAGGGGCUAAGAACUUUACGAGAAACAGGGCUGACUCGUGAGCUGGAAGUAUGGGGCAUGAUCGAUGAGAACCUUGUCAAUGGAAUCAUUGACAGCGUGAGCCACGAGAACCCUAACCCGGAGUUUGAAGCAGAGCUCUCUAGUCAAGAGUCUGAGUCAAAUCAGCGACAAUCAUCGUUGACUGACUACUUUCCGCCGAAAAGCACAGACCAUACCAAUCGCUCACAGCCCAAGGUCUACCUUGCGGAUGUAAAGACACGCGGAUCAUUCUCUCCUGUAUCAAACGCCCAGAUACGACCCGCAAAGAUCCAGCUACUUCUUUAUCACCAGUUCUUAUCUGACAUGGCUGCUGGAAAGCUGGACUUCCUUAAAGUCUUUAGACGAUAUGGACUCGAUCCGGAUGACAACUUCUCUGACACCUUUAUCGCACAAGUCGGUAGUUUGCAUGAUGAGAUUUUCGUGGACGCAUCAGAAACCGAAACAGGUUUCACUCAAGAGAAUCCUUCUUCUAGCUUCCAGAGUUCCUCUUCAGCCGGUCCCGAUCUGCUACAGUAUCGAACCCUGCGUGAGCUUGUUCCUCUUGUCUGGCGUGAGUUGGAACUCACCUUCCCUGAAGGCGAGCACUCACUUGGACACAUGCUCCGAGUCCAAUACGUCCAUCGCAGUGACGGUCGCGAGAUUGAUCUUCACGAUUUCCCUGUCUCGCGACAGGCUUUGGAGACCUAUCUUGCUAACUACAUGGAGUGGUGGAAAGGCAAACGUAAUGCAAAGGGUGUCGAUAUUGAAGAGGCGUUCAAGUGUAGAACAUGUGAAUUUGUUUCCGACUGUUCGUGGCGACAGGGCAUGGACGACGAGCGGUUGCAGAGAGCUAGAACAAAACAGAAGAUGCGGGUAACGCGCCGGGCGAGCAGUAAUGCUGCAUGA